GCUUCCGCUCCUGCGCAGAAGAGGGCGGCAGGUGAAGAUGGCGGACUCAUCUCGUUUAAAGGGUGUGGGCUACAAGCCGCUGGUCGGCGUGUCGUUGCCGCGGACGCUUGAUCCGGCCGAGUACCAGCAGUCCGAGCAGACGCGCCGGCAGCAGGCCGAGCGCCUGGCCAUACGCGCCCGCCUCAAGCUCGAGUACCAGCUGAAACUCAACGACCCUCACCGCCAGGGGCUCAUCGAAGAUCCUGCCAUGCUCCGUUGGACCUAUGCUAGAGCAAAUGUCUAUCCACAUUUCAAGCCCACUCUAAAGACAUCCAUUAUGGGACUUUUAUGGGGAGUUGGACCUAUUGUAUUCUGGACUUAUGUAUUCCUAGCACGGAGGGCUCAAAAAGAGAAGGAGAUCAAGGAAGGCAAACAUAAGCUACUGGCUCAUCUCAAGUUUUGAGUCUGGGAACCAGAUGUUGCAGCGCUGUUAUUGGGCCCUUCCUUGAAUGUCCAAUAUGUUGUACAUUGCUGAGAUUUGAUCCUAUAUAAAAAAUAUAAACUGUAUUACUCUUCA